CCAAGUAAAGUUCCAUCGAGAAUUGUGGGUAAUCGGCCUUUUGCGAAAACGUGGUCGACGGGAAAGGUUGAAUAUCCCCAGCAAAUACCACACAACGGUCAAAAUGGCACCAACGACUAAGAAAACGAAAAAGGCGAUCGAGAACAUCAACAGCCGCUUGGCUUUGGUGAUGAAAAGUGGUAAAUGUGUCCUUGGAUACAAACAGACCCUCAAGGCCCUCCGCCAAGGCAAGGCUAAAUUGGUCAUCAUUGCCAACAACACACCUCCCCUAAGGAAGAGUGAGAUCGAGUACUACGCUAUGUUGGCGAAGACUGGUGUCCACCACUACAACGGCAACAACAUUGAUCUGGGGACUGCCUGUGGUAAAUACUUCCGAGUGACCGUCCUCAGCAUCACUGACCCAGGUGAUUCUGACAUCAUCCGAAGCAUGCCCGCUGGUGGAACAGAAGCUCAGUAAAUGGAAUUAUCAUGAUUAAAUGUAAAGAAAAGAAACAAAAUAAAAAAAGUUAAAAAACAUA